AUUGGUCAGUGAUAUCUUUAUAAAAUCGAGCUGAGAGAGAUGAAGAGGAAUCACAGCCAUGAUGAAGACUCUGUGUGUCGCUGCUGUUGUGCUAAGUCUCUCCUCAGUGUGCCAGCCUGCGCCACUGGCCUGUGAGAAGCUGCUGCAGCCAGUGGACAAGGCUCCAGAUUUAUCUGGGAGGUGGUAUGCCAUAGCCAUAUCUUCAUCCUGUCUAUUACAGUUAGUGGCUAAAGUUAUACUGCCAAGUUUUCAAGUGGAAAUUACCCCCAAGGAGGCACCAAACGUCUAUGAGUACAUCCUCAAGAUGAAAAUGUAUGGACACUGCGUUAAUGAAACAGAACGAUUUUUCCAUGAUAACAACAAGAUAUUUGAUGUAGACAGCGAAAACGCUUCAUAUGGUGUCCCCGAUGUGCUCCUGCAGACCGGCUGUCCUGACUGCAUCGUUACAAAGGGGGCUGAUGUCCUGAACUUACUCACGUUACUUAGCAGGAGAAAAAACAUCACCGCUGCUGAGCUGAAGGAAUUUGAGACACAGGCAGACUGUCUCGGCUGGGCCAAGCCACAGGUUUUGGACUCAGAUCAUGAUUUGACAAACUGCUUAACAGAGGAAGAGGAAGAUGGAGAAAAUGAUAAUAGGUUUUUUGGCAUCAUUCAACAAAGAUUGAAAGACAAUUAUGACUUGACCUUCAAAUGUAUAGCUGAGUCUUUUCUGUAUUACCCCAAGACUGCUUUCGAGUGGGCUCAGAACACAUGGGCCAGUCUUUGGUGAAUGAGCAUUGGAAAUGCUUUAAAAACGACCUACAUCCCAUCAUGUUUUUUCUGAAAUGAUUCAAUCCAAUGUGUUAAGUUGUUUACAAGGUAAUUAUAUGGUUUGAUUUGUUGUUCUAAAAGUCUAAACUCUCGAAUCCAACAGGAACCAUUGAUUCUUAACUCCAGUUUUGAAGAUCAGUGCCUUUUUCAUACAAAAACGACAAAUGAACUUUUCUUGGAAAAAUGAUAUAAUCACUUAUAAUUAAUUAACCAAUAAACAAGGUUGAUUCAA